GCCCCAGUGCACUCCAUCUCUCAAUUCAAAACUCGAUCAUCAUGGGUAAACGUGGAAAGAAGGGUGGCAGAGGCGGAGAGCGCCAGAACUGGCAGCAAAUCGCCAGGGAGAACGAGAAGUUCGAGAACUACUACAACUCCCAGGGUUUUGUCCCAGAAGAAGAGAAGGAGGCUUUCUGGGCCGCUCUUAAGCGGGAUCUCCCCAACAGUUUCCGUUUCACUGGCUCAAGAGGUCAUGCCCUUGCUGUUCAGAAGAAGCUCAAGGAUCAAUAUGUGCCCGAAAUCACCUCCAUCAAAUACGAGGGCAACUUCGUCGAGCCCCCUCGCCCCGUCCCUUGGUACCCCGAUGAGCUCGCAUGGUCCAUGACCACUCCCAAGCAAGUUGUUCGUCGCUUUGCGCCUUUCGCAUCCUUCCAGAAGUUUCUCGUCGCCGAGACCGAGGUUGGCAACAUCAGCAGACAGGAGGUUGUCAGCAUGAUUCCCCCGCUCUUGAUGGACCUCAAGCCUGGAAUGACCGUGCUCGACAUGUGCGCCGCUCCCGGCAGCAAGUCCGCGCAGUUGAUGGAGAUGGUCCACACUGGUGAAGAAGAGGCUAUGCGUCAAGUCACGCAGCAGAUUGCCGAGGGCAAGGCUGGCGAUGAGCCGAUCGGUCCUGAGGGACUCAACGACGAUGGCAGAACUACCGGUCUGCUGAUCGCCAACGAUGCCGACUACAAGCGUGCCCACAUGCUUAUUCACCAGAUGAAGCGCCUGAGCUCCCCGAACCUGAUCGUCACCAACCACGAUGCUACCCUGUUCCCCUCCAUCAAGUUGCCCGCUGAGCCCAGCGUCAACGGCAAGCCUGGAAAGGCCCGCUACCUGAAGUUCGACCGUAUCCUGGCGGACGUGCCUUGCACUGGAGAUGGAACUGCUCGCAAGAACUGGGGUGUGUGGAAGGAUUGGAACGCGAACAACGCUCUGGGACUCCACGCCACUCAGGUCCGCAUUCUCGUCCGUGCUCUGCAAAUGCUGAAGGUCGGCGGCCGUGUCGUCUACUCCACUUGCAGUAUGAACCCUAUCGAGAACGAGGCUGUCAUCGCCAGCGCGCUGGCUCGCUGUGGCUCUGCCAACGUCCGCAUCGUCGAUUGCAGCAACGAGCUCCCGGAGCUGAAGCGCGCUCCCGGACUCCGCAACUGGAAGGUGAUGGACCGCGAAGGCCGUUUCUACGAUAGCUGGAAGGAGGUCGAAGAGCGCAAGGAAAAGGAGGGCAUUAGCGGCCUGGGCAGAAUCGCUGAGGGCAUGUUCCCGCCUACCGAGGAUCUUCCUCUCGAGAGAUGUCUUCGCAUCUACCCUCACAUGCAGGAUACUGGUGGCUUUUUCAUCGUUGUGCUAGAGAAGCUGUCUGAAAUCCGCGCCAAGCCCGAGGAUUCUUCCAAGGUCAUCCCUAAGGCCUCUGUCGCUGCUCUUGCUGAGGAGCUCGACUUCAAGCAGAAGCACGGCAAUGGAGAGCCCCUUGAGAAGAUUGAUGCGUUGGAUGACCUUGUCGCUCACGACCAGGAGGCCGAGCUGGAGGCAGAAAAGAACGCGACCGUGGCUCAGGCUACACAUCAAUUGCCAUACUCGGCCACCAGCCAGCCCGCUAUCGCCAAGCGGGAUGCGGAGACCAUUGAAGAUGAGCUCCCCGCUAAGAGGACCAAGCUUGAGAAUGGCGCCGAGGUUGUGGUCGGCGAUCGUCCUAUUCACCCUCCUGCGCCUGCCGUUACCGAUGUUGAGACCUCUGAUGCCACCCCGGCUGCACCAGAAACUACACAAGCUUCGACGGAGGCGAAGCCCCAACUCCCGCAGAAACGGAAGAACGGCCAACCGGUGGAGGAGCCAUUCAAGUAUCUGGAUCCCAACCACGCCGAGCUCGACCCUAUCUAUGAGUUCUACCAGAUCUCCAAGCGAUUCCCCAGAGACCGCUUCAUGGUCCGCAACGCUGAGGCUCUUCCCACGAGAACUAUCUACUACACUAGCGCCCUUGCUCGCGAUAUCCUGAGCUCCAACGAGGGAGCCGGUAUGAAGUUUGUGCACUGCGGUGUGAAGAUGUUCGUGAAACAGGAUGUGCAGCGUGAGGGCGUCUGUCGCUGGCGAGUCCAGACCGAUGGUUUGAGAAUGCUCGAGCCUUGGCUCGGCCCUGCUCGGGCUGUUACUCUCACACAGAAGGAGACUCUGCGCAGUCUCCUUGUGGAGAUGUUCCCUAAGGUUGACCAAGAGGGUUGGAAGAACCUCGGAGAAAUUGGUGAGCGUGUCAGAGACAUUCCCAUGGGAUGCAGCAUCCUUUACAUCAGACCUACUCCUGGUCAGGAAGGCUUCACUGAGAAUAUGGCUCUUCCCCUUUGGCGCUCCAUGUACUCUGUUAACCUGAUGCUUCCCAAGGAGGAUCGCCGCGCGAUGCUCCAGCGUUUGUUCAACGACCAUACCCCGCUGGUCAACACCACGCACAAGCGCUCCGGCGAGACCGGAUCCUCGACUCCUGCGGCGGAGGAGACCCCCGCCGAAGAGACCCCUAUUGACGUUCCUGUGGAGACAGAAGAAGAUGUGAUCCAGCGGGAAAACCUUGCGCUGGGUGAGGAUGAGCAGGAGCAGAUGGACACCCGGGAGACUUAUACUAAAGCAGGUGAUGAGGAGGACCGCUUCAACACGACUGUAUAAUCUCUCAAAACCAUUGAAGUUGAGCGAACAAGCUCUUGAAAAUAAUUGAUUACUCUUUGUUCUUCUGAAGGUUUACAU